GGUCUCUCGUUCAUCACCUUCAUCUGCUAUGUGGCAUCCUCAGCUUCUGCCUUCCUCACGGCGCCUCUGCUGGAGUUCAUGCUGGCCCUGUACUUCCUCUUUACAAGCGCCAUGCAGCUGAGUGACAAGUUUCAGGGCUUGUGCUGGCCCAUGAUGGACUUCCUGCGCUGUGUCACGGCCGCCCUCAUCUACUUCGCCAUCUCCAUCACAGCUGUCGCCAAAUACUCCGACGGAGCUUCCAAAGCAGCCGGGGUGUUUGGCUUCUUUGCCACCAUCGUGUUUGCAGUUGACUUCUACCUGAUCUUCAACGACGUGGCCAAAUUCCUGAAACAAGGGGACUCCGCAGACGAGAGCACAGCCGGCAAGGCCGAAGAAGAGAAUUCUGACUCCGACUCAGACUGAAGGCCUGCUCAUGCCCUAGCAACCCCGGCAACCCUCACCUUCCCACCGGGCGGUGGGAGUGGGGCCCGGGACCUGCACGUCAGAGGGAGGCCAUGACUCUGUAGCACAGGAGUUGCCAGGGGAACGGGCUCUCACCUCCCCGAGGAUGUGUUCCUGAGCCCAGCCAGCGAGCUCGGCUGGCACCGUCGAACCACUGCACCUGAGGGCACCCACCCCUUCUCGUUUCUGUCCCAGGAUCCUGAGCCCUUUAACCUUUCUGCCAAAAACAAGCGGAGAGGACCCAGCAUUCUUCCCACCUGCCACAGUACGCCCAGCAUGCUGCAGGUGGAGCGGGCGGGCUCUGUGUGUCACGAGCAGCAAAUCCAGACCAAAGCCACCACAGAGCCAGGCCCCCAGACCCCAGAGGUUUUUAUCUUAGCUGUUGUCCCAGCUCAUGCCAAGCAGAGAGAGAAGUGACUUUGCCUUACCAUGGAAAAGAAUGGGUCUUGUCCCCCUGGGAAGACCACGCCGCCGUCCAUGGGUGAGAUGACCAUUCUGGGUCUGAGACCGUUUCACAGGAGAGCUCGUAGCCAAGCUCGCCAGUCCAAAGGACAGGGAACUGUGACAGCGUCACAGGCAGCUGGGCAGGCCCAGCCAACCCACUCCUCUUGGGGCUGGCACCCCAAAGAUGGUCCUUAGGCCUCAGGACGAUGCACUUCUAAGUCUGCUGACCACCAAGGGGUGAGGCAAGCCUUCUGCAUUCACCUAAGGACUUCUACUGUGUAUGUAUCUUAGUGGGAUUUUGUAACUUUUUAUAAUUUUUUUAUACAAGUGUAGCCUCUUAACAAAUGGCAUUUUCUGUGACCCAGCAGGCCUCAUGAAAUGAGCCAGAAUUCUGGACCCAUGUUUUGGGCAUUUGUAACCUUGCUCUUCUCUUGCAUGUGAAUCUCCUAUCCUGAAAAAAAAAAAAAAGAAAGAAAACCCAGGCUGGAUUAAAGCAGACUGAACACCUACUUGGAGCAGAUGUGUUAGGACAAACCAUCGGCCAGCCUCAGUGAUUCUGUCCAGUAUCCUGGAUGCACAGGGGGCGGAACCUGACGGCGUGGGUUCUAGCAACGGCACAGGUGCAUUUGUUCCAUGCCAGCCCACGGGUGAGCAUCUGACGGGCACUCUGUCCUCACAUUUAAUCCUCAGAGUCCUGCUUUGCAGUUGUGGGAACCAUGAGCACGGCUAGGCCGCUGGCUCCAGGCCCUCUCUCUCACACAACCAGGUGACCUCUCAGGCAGCCAGUACCUAGGGCUCUUGUGAUCUGGAAACUUGCGGCUCAGGGGACCUCACGGCCUGAGAGGAUCCCUAAAGGGUGUUCUGCCCAGGCUGGUGGGAAGAGGUAAGGCCUCCUGCCUCAUCUUCCACAUACAACACCCAUGUGUUUCUGGAAACAUGCAUGAAAGGUGCAUGUGCAACAGGGGAGUCUGCUCCACCUCACCAGCCUGGCAAAGCCGGCUGGGGACACGUCACAGCGGCCUCCUCCUGUCCUGUGGACGGUGGCCUAGUGCAGGAACUGGGCAGGUGCCUCCAAAGCAGGGCAGAGGGAAGAAAGAGGCAGCAGCAUUUUUACAGGUCUGUUUAUUAAACAAGAACUCCUUCAUGACAAUUUAAUACAGUAUUUAUUAGCGAUUAGUGUUGAGAAAAUUAUUUCCCUCUACAUACAAAAAUACAGAUUUGAACACUAUGAAAACAAUCAAGACAAGUACCAUGAAAAAUUGGUCCUUCAAAAGAAAGGGGGAGGUUGAGGGUGACGUGAGGCUUUGUCUGCUCUCAGGGACAAAUCAACACGAGCGAAAGCUUUGGGGCCGCACAGACCACUCCGACGCACGGACGCAGACCCGGGAGCCGGUCAGAACCGGGGAGUGCUCACCCCGGGCAUCUGGGUCAGUGUGAAAACCUAGGACAGGGGCGCUGACUCCCAACGGGCAGAAACCAAAGUCGCCAAAUGGUCAUCACCUCAGAGUGCCCCUGCAGCUGUGUCUUUCCACAUAAAAUGAAACAGACUUUUAAGAAGCAAAGUAAAAUCAGAAAAUUAACACUGCCCCCUGAAAAGUGCCACUGGGUGAAGUGCCAAUGAGUAAUCGCAUUGGAGGGUUACUACUAAGCCUCUGAGUUCACGUCCUUUGUUAUCAAAUACAUACUCUCAUCCUUCAGAAGAGAAAGAAGAAAAAAGCUAGUUUUUGUUUCAGCAAGUCCGUACCUUCCUCUCGCCAUGGCUCAGCUAGUUUACUGAAGGUCUUUCUUAACCAGACAUAAACAACUGUGUCCUGCAGGGGUGGGACAUUCACAGGGGGGAGCCGCUCCAGCGAGUACCCACGUCUUAGUUUCACACAACUCAAAGUCAAGGCCUGAAGCCUAGAAAGGGCCGCCGAGCCCACCCAGUCCACGAGACCCACUGAAAUCUGAGUGGAAAGUGAGCCCCAGAGACCGGCAGGGGCGACCACCUCUGGAAAGCUUCCCACAGAGCAGAGGCAGGCGGGCAGGUUGCAGAGAUAGAGGGUGCCCAGCGGAUCCCCAAGACGACAAGCCAGAGCACACCCACGGACCAGCCCAAACCACAGGGGGAAGAGCUAGAUGCAGGCUCUCCACCACCAUAGACCCAAAGAAGGGGAACUCGGAUCAGUGACGUUCCUUUUUUUGCUUGUUUUGUCUUUAGUACAAACCACUGUCCUCCUAUGGUCUGAAAGUGAGCAGCGGCUCUCCAAGCUGAGCAAGUGGUUAAAAUGUACCCAAUACACUUAUACUGACUUGUCAUUAUUUCACAGAAAUAUACCCUUAACUCUCAGGCUAUUUAAAUAAGCAGAAGACGUGGGGGGAAAGGCAGCAGAAAGACAGGAAUAGCCGGGGGAGUGUUUUGGUUUCUUUUUUUUUUUUUUUUCUUUUUUAAAAUAUAUACGAAGUUUAAAGGGAAAAUGGCCAAAACCUCAAAACCAGCAUUGUUGAAAGCAAUAUUAAAAGGACACAGUCUAAAAUCAUGCUACAAAAAUAGUGUUAUCUGGUUUAACUAAAUGUACAUCUUUUUUUCCCAUUUCCAUGAUUGACAGGAGUGCUCACGUGAUACAUGGAAGGCACCAAAGGUGAAGUGAUUAUUUGUCUUACAACAUACAAAGACAGAAUUGUGUACUUUGAA